AUGCUGCGCUGUGUUACUUCUGCUGCAAACAUAUGCGCAAGACUAGCUGUUAAGAAUCUUGUGCAAAAUGGAGCAACAGAGAUAGAAUAUUACCCAGGAGUUAUAACGGAAAUUAUGAGCACAGGGAAAUGGUCAGAGGAUAUUGUAAUUCACCUGCGAAAACCACAAGACUGGAAGGAAUUUAACACAAAGCCGCUAGCUGCCCUCAUAGUCGUAUACCCAACAGACCAAAAGAGUGCCACAGAGAGUGAAAUCGAAGAAAGCACCAAUUACCAUGCAUCUUUACUGCAAGUCAGAAGGGACUUCUUAAACACAACAAACUUAAUUGAAAUAAGUGACACAGAAAUAGAUACAAUUAAAUCGUACAGUAUACGGCCUAAUUGGGAGAAGUACUUUAUGCUGCUAGCACAAACUGCAUCCACCAGGUCCAAUUGCAUGAAGAGAAAGGUGGGGGCAGUCGUAGUGAAGCACAACCGGGUGCUGUGCACAGGAUACAAUGGGACAUCCACAAGCACAACAAACUGUCUAGAUGGAGGAUGCAACAGAUGCAACGGAAAUGCAAAAAAGGGAACAGAACUAUCCGACUGCUUCUGCAUCCAUGCAGAGGAAAGUGUCUUCUUGGAGAGGUCCCGUGCAGAGUUGUUCGAUUCAGAUUUGUACACUACACUAUAUCCAUGCCGCCUGUGUGCGCGUAAAAUAGUCCAAGUGAAAAUAAAGAGGGUCUACUACAUGGAUGAAUAUGUGGGUGACGCAGAGGUUCAGAGUUUAUUUGAGAGAAAUGGCAUAGAAGUCCAUAAGAUACAGAAAUAA